AAAAUUGUCCCUCAGUCUCAGUCAACGUUUGUGUUUAGUAUGUACUGUACACAUAGCCGCCUCUUUGUUGAAUUCUUCCUCUUUAUCUGAAAAAAGCUCCGAGAUCUUGAGCCUCUCUUCAUCAUCCUGAUUAAUGGAUUCUUAUUUAUCCCUUACCAAUCUUGCUGCUGCUGCAAUCAGCUUCUACGCCCUUUUUGGUUCAAUAUUUUUCACCAGAAAAUCUUCCACAUCUCAUCAUCACGAAAACAACAAAACACUGCCUUCUUCUUCUUUGACUCUUUUGGCUCCAACGUCGUCUUCUUCUUCUUCGCCUCCCAAUUGUAAACACCACGUCUUCCCAAGCUUCCACGGGGCAGAUGUCCGCACGAACUUUCUCAGCCACGUUGUCAAAGAGCUCAAGAGCAAAGGAAUCGACCUAUUCAUUGACAAUGAUAUACAGAGAAGUAAGUCCAUCGGUCCUGAGCUCGUAGAAGCUAUUAGAGGAUCGAGGAUUGCUAUUGUCUUGCUCUCCAAGAACUACGCCUCUUCCACAUGGUGCCUGAACGAGCUUGUGGAGAUCAUCAAAUGCAGAGACGAACUGGGUCAAACAGUGAUGUCUCUUUUCUACCAAGUGGAUCCAACUGAUGUAAAGAAGCAGACUGGUGAUUUCGGAAAAGUCUUUAAAAAAACUUGUAGAGGAAAAACAGAGGAGGAUAUCAGAAGAUGGAAACGUGCUUUGACGGAAGUGGCUCAAAUCGCAGGUUACCAUUCAUCAAGCGGGAAGAAUGAAGCAGAGAUGAUUGAAGAUAUUGCCACUGAUGUUUCCAACAAUUUGAACCUUUCCGCACCAUGCACUGAUUUCGACGGCUUAGUUGGGAUGGAAUCUAAGAUGACAGAAAUGAGAUCAUUGUUACAGCUAGAUUCCGAUGAGGUGAGAAUAGUAGGGAUCUUGGGUCCGUCUGGGAUUGGUAAGACCACCAUUGCUAGAUCUCUAUUCAGCCGUCAUUCCCAAGAUUUCCAACUGAGCGUCUUUAUAGAUAAUAUCAAAAGAAACUAUGCCGUACCAACUUGCUCUGAUGACUACAGUGUGAAGUUGAAUUUGCAAAAACAUUUUAUGUCUCAACUAACCAAUGAGACAGAUAUCAAGAAUUUUUCACAUUUGGGAGUCAUCAAAGACAGGCUGAAAGACAAGAAAGUUCUUGUGGUUCUUGAUGAUGUGGAUCGGUCAGUACAACUAGAAGCCAUGGCGAAAGAGACUAGUUGGUUUGGUCCUGGGAGUCGGAUCAUAAUCACAACACAAGAUCGAAAGGUUCUAAAAGCAAGUGGGAUCGAGCAUAUACACAAGGUGGAUUUACCAUCACAUGAUGAAGCUCUUCAAAUGUUCUGCAUGUACGCUUUCGAUCAGAAAUACCCAAAGGAUGGUUUCCAGGAGCUUGCUUGGAAAGUUAGGGAUCUUGUAGGUAGACUUCCUUUGGGGUUAAAGGUUAUGGGCUCCUAUUUUCGGGGAAUGUCCGAGCAGGACUGGAUAGAGGCACUACCAAGGUUAAGGACUCACCUUGACCGAGAUAGAGAAAUUUCGAGCAUUUUAAAGUUUAGCUAUGAUGCUUUACAUGAUGAAGAUAAAAGUUUAUUUCUUCAUAUAGCCUGCUUCUUCAAUAAUGAACCAGUUGAUAUAGUGGGUGGCUGUCUAGCAAAAUGUUUUUUGGAUGUGAUACAAGGGAUUUGCGUUUUAGUCGAAAAAUCACUCAUAUCUAUUGAAGAAGAAAGGAUAGAGAUGUCUAAGUUGCUAGUCCAACUAGGAAGACAAAUUGUGCAAAAUGAAUUUGUAAGUGAACCUGGAAAACGCCGGUUUUUGAAUGAUGCAAGCGAUAUUGGUGAAGUACUUAAUGAUGAUGAUAACGCUGGUAAGAGCAGUGUCAUAGGAAUAAAUCUUGAUGAGGGUGAUGAAAUAACAUGGACAAGUGAAAGAGCCUUUGAAAGAUUGUGUAAUCUUCAAUUCUUAAGAAUACUUGGCAAAUGCGUCAAUCCCCAAUCCAUGAACUACUUAUCCCACAAACUUAGAGUACUAAUUUGGCGGAAUUUCAAAAUGACAUGUUUUCCUUCAAGUUUUAAUCCAAAGUUCCUAGUCAAACUAGAGAUGCAUUCUAGCAAGCUUGUGAAAUUUUGGGAAGGGAUCAAACCGCUCAACAAUCUCAAGUGGAUGGAUAUGACUGAUUCAAGGAAGUUGGAAGAGCUUCCUGAUCUUUCAACUGCCACUAAUCUUCAUGACUUGAACCUCUCAGACUGCGAAAGGCUGGUGGAACUUCCAUCUUCUAUCGGAAGUGCAGAGAAUCUCCACCAACUGAAUUUUCACAAUUGCAUGAAUCUGGUGAAACUCCCUUCCUCUAUUGGAAAUGCAGUUAAUCUCCGAAACUUGAAUCUCGAGUAUUGUUCAAGACUUGUGGAGCUCCCUUCCUCUAUUUGGAACCUCGUUAAUCUUAAACUACUGAAUCUAGCUUAUUGCUCAAGUCUGGUGGAGCUCCCUUCCUGUAUCGACCGCUCAGAUGUAUUGCAAAGUGAUCAUCAUGAGAGUUCCACAGACAUUCAAGAGCUAGUAGAUCCAUGGAUAGGGAGAAUAUCUCAUCUAAGUACUCUUCUACUAAGGGGAAUGGAGAAGCUGGUAUCACUCCCACCGCUUCCGGAAUCGGUAUUGGACCUAUAUGCAGAAGAGUGCGAGUCCCUGGAGAGACUAGAUUGCUCCUUUCGCAAUCCAGAUAUUAGUCUCUUCUUCAUCAACUGCUGCAAACUAAAUCAAGAAGCCAGAGAUCUCAUCAUCCGAAGUGGUAAAUUUUCAGUGUUUCCCGCUGAAGAAGUCCCUCCGUGCUUCACUUACCGAUCUUAUGGGAGUUCAGUAACUGUGAAGUUGAAUCAAAUGCAUGUCGGCAAAUCAACCAAAUUUAAGGUUGGGGUGAUAUGUGAUAUUGACGUAAACGAGUUUGGAGAAACGAAACAAGAAGAUAUCCUUUGUCGCGUCAAGUCCGGGGAGAAGGCUAUCACCGAUUAUUAUAGACCAGGGAGACGAGUUUAUCCGGGGCAUCUGUACAAAUACGAGAUUGAGGUUGAAACAGAGCAUGUGGCUUCUUCCACCGAGCUUGUUUUUGAGUUCGAGAUUGACUAUGCAAAUGAUUGUGGAGAAGAUGUGACGUGGGAGAUAAAAUCAUGCGGGAUACUCCAACUCCUGGACGUCCCUUUAUUGAGCUUCAGAGAUGGCGAUGAAGAUUUUUGAACCUACUUCAGAUACUGAGAUCUGGAACAAACCUUGACACCCAAGUAAGUCAGGAAAAGCAAAACUCUCAAACCAAUAAUCGAUACAGAGCAUCAAAGUUUCAAACUAGUCAAUGACAGACGGAAAGGUAGCUUUAAUAUCACAUUAGAAAAACACUGAAACAAUUCCUAAACUAGAAAACAAAGCCUCAAAUUGCAUUAUCAUCAUUCAAUUGUAUUCUCUCCAUUUUUUGAGAAACUAUUGCAGUUAGUGAACAUGCCAUCUAGCAAGACUAA